AUGAAACACAAUUAUGGGGUCAGAAUGAACUACAUGAAAGCAUGGAGAAGCAAAGAGCACGUGCAAGAAGAAUUACGAGGAAAAGCCAACGAAUCAUACAGGUUGCUGCCCGGUUUUUUGCACAUGUUGCAAAAAACUAAUCUCGGAACAAUAGUGCACGUGAAAACAAAGGAUGACAACAGCUUCAACUACUUGUUUGUCGCACUGGAUGCAUCAAUAAAAGGAUGGAAGAAAUGCAAACCUAUAAUAGUUGUUGACGGAACUUUCCUUAAAUCAACAUAUGGAGGUACACUGCUCUCUGCUUGUACACAGGAUGCAAAUGGGCACAUUUUUCCACUAGCUUUUUCUGUUGUGGAUUCAGAAAACAACAACUCAUGGCAAUGGUUUUUCACAAAAGUGAGAGAAACAUAUGGGAUUAGAGAGGAACAGUGCUUGAUCUCAGAUAGACAUGAGAGCAUAAGUAAGGCAGCUUGUCAAGUAUUUCCAGAAAUCACACAUUGCUAUUGUGUAUACCACCUGUUAAGCAACCUAAAAGCAACCUUCAAGAAGAAUGCAAGCAAGCUGGAUAAACCAUUGUUCGCUGCAGCCAGAGCAUACACAGAGAGGAAAUUUGAAUACCAUAUGAGCGAGUUGGACAGCUUGGACAUCCAUGUAAGACCAUAUUUACAACAAGUUGGAUACCACAAAUGGUCAAGAUACCACUGCAAAAACAACAUGUAUUCAACUAUGACUUCAAACAUUGCUGAAUCUCUAAAUGCAGCAAACUUGGCAGCUAGAGAGCUACCAAUCACAACACUGAUGGAGUCAUUGAGAGCAUUGAUUCAACAAUGGACAUACACAAACAGGAAAAAAGCACAGAAAACAACAACAUUUUUAACACCUACAGCAGAAAAGAAAUUAGUCGACAACUUUGUGGAAUCAUUGACAGAAAAUGUAAAACCAAUAAACGAGACCAUGUUCGAAGUCAUUGAACUAACCAGAUCAUGGGUCAUCAACCUCAAGGAGAAAACAUGCAGUUGCAACAGAUUCCAACUUGAUGAGUUACGGAGAUGA